CAAAAAAAUUCAUAAAAUUGACGAAAAUGAGCAAUUUUUGUUAAAAUUUAUUAAAAAAUUACCUGAAAAUACGAAAAAUUUAACAUGGAGACCUCAAAAUCGAACAAUUUUUUCGAUCAGGACCUUGAAGAAUUAAUUCCUUUCACAAGUCUUCGCAUCUCAGCAUUAACUUCGGCUGCUCGUAUCUCAAAAGACGUAAAAAACAUCACAAUUGGUCCAAAUGCGCCUCAAUUCUCGGAUGAAAAUUUAAAUUCCUCCUCAAAUCAUGAUGAAACAACGAAAAAUGAGCCUCAAACUCCGGUUCGGGACAAUAAAGAGAACAUUAACAACAACCACAGUUCAAGCAAAAAGAAAAAUUUGUACAGCGCGACGCCAGAAAUUGAUGUUUAUGACUCAGAUCCGCCCUCGCCGAAGCCCAUCAGCAUCGACGACAUCAAAUAUGUCUCGCAAAAGUAUCAAAAAACCCUCAACGAGCGGGAAAUUAAGACUCAGGUCAAAAAAGAACUUGCUGAAAGAGCCGCCCGCCUUCAAGAAAUCGACAAAGAACGCGAAAAAAAGUUCAUGGAAGCGAAAAAAACUGCGGAAAAAAAUUUAGUUGAACGAAUGAUCGAGUCAGAAAAAUUUAUUCUUCAAGCAGUGGCGGAUGUCGAACGGUUAGAACGCGAAUUCGAGGCCGAACAACGUCAAAAACUCGAGGAAAUGAAACGUCGGGAGCUAGAUUUGAAGGAACGCAGUAAAAUUUUGACCAAAUUUCGAUCGGUUCAUGCUUUGUUCAAACAAGGAAUCGAAAGAUUUAUGAAAUCUUACACGGAAAUGGACAAAGACAUGCAACAAGCAUUCGCAGAAUUCAAAACGGCAGCUUUCCAACUCAAUCGGGCAUUCGAAAAUGUCGUUCAAGCGAUCUCCGGGCAGGGAAAUUUCGAUCAGGAAAGUGUCGAUAAGGCGGAAAAGUAUCAAAAAGACCUCGAUUCGUUGACGAACGACAUGAUUUCGAAGUUUAACGAGAUAAAAGUCGCCGAACAAACUGCUCGGGAAGCGGAAGAGACGAAACGGAAGCAGGAACAGCAACAAAUUUUGCAAUUACAACAACAACAACAAGCCAAGGAGCAGGCAGCAGUUCAAGCAGCGACAAUUUCCGAAGCAAAAGAUGUCGUCGAUCAACCAAAACCGCUUCAACCGGCGAUUCAGAAGACGGGAAUGUCCCAAUUCGUGAGCGAACAAUCCUACCAACGAUACGAAGCGAUAAUGGGCGUUUAUAGAAAAAGUUCGGAGGAGGUGAAAAAACUCUCGGAAGACCCAAACACGAAACUUUUCCGCAUGAAUUGCCAAAAAGCGGUAAAUACGCCAAUUAAUGCGAUUUCGGCGAAUAGUCCGGAGUUUUUGCUCGACAAAUAUCGGAAGCUUGAAGCACUUUUGAUGGAAGAAAAUGUGACGGUUGGGAAUCAACAGGUCUCGGUGAAAGCGCAUCCGUUGGGAAAACUUUAUGUGACGUUGCUGCUCUCGAGGAAAUUCGUAAAUCAGGCAGACACGAUAAUGACUUCCGCGGCAAAAGCAGAAUUUCCGUUGGCAGCUGUCGUUGUUGCGCUUUGGACUAAAUUUCCGGAGGUUGGGCAAUUUUUCCUUGCGUAUCUGUAUAAGGAUUGCCCGUUUUUUGUGCCGUACUUUUUGCCGCAAGUGCAAGGGCAGAGUGAUGAGGAUUAUAUGAAGAGCCUUGGUUAUCGCUACACAAACGGCGUCGUCGAAAAGCACGAUCUCUACUUGAAACGCAUGGUUGGCAUCGCUCGUCUUUACGCUGCCAUUUGGGUAACAUCUCAUCGCCGCGGCGAAACAAAACCUCAUCCGCAUGAUCUUUCCAACGGAUGGCGAUGGUUAGCAGAAAUCCUAAAUCUGGAUCCUUUGCCCGAAAUUUGCUCAACUCUCAUCUUCGAAGUUCUCCAAGUUGCGGGAAAUGCCUUUUUACAAGUUUACGGAAAUCAAUUCAUCAAACUUUUGACGGCAAUCCAAACGCAGUACUUCCCAAAAUUGAAUCUCGUCGACAAAGGAGGCCCCAAAGCGAGAUUAGAGGAUUUUGUGACGAAAGUUUUGACGGAACGGAAAAUUGAUGCGCCCGAGGGAAUGUUGCCGCCCAAUUUUUGGUAGAAAAAAAAUUAAAGACUUAAAAAAAAUAUAAAAA